AUGGCAACAGGAAAUGAACCAAGUUUAUGUUCAAUCUGCAAUAAAUCUUCAGCUACAUCCUUCUGUACUGGAUGUAAAAAAUACUUUUGUCGAAAAGAUUUUAAAGAACAUGAACAACAAUUAUCGAUUAAAUUUGAUAAUGAAAUAAUAAGAUCUCAUGAUGAACUUCUUGAACAAAUACAAAAAUUGGAAAAAUCAAAUUAUUUAUCAUUGGAUCUCUUUGAUCAAAUUGAACAAUGGAAAAAUGCAACAAUCAACAAAGUUAAAAAAGCAGCAGAAAAAGUUCAACAUGAACUUAUUGAAUUAAUAGAAAAACAAAGAAUAACAAUAAUAAAACAACUUGAACCAAUAACAAGAGAAAUUCGUUGUCUUCGAGAAGAAGAAAAUAUUGUUGAAAAUGAUAUUGAUCGACUUAGACAAAAAAUCCAUGAAAUACAACAAAAACUUGAACAAUUCACUCAAAAAAAUAUAAAUAAAAGUAUCAUAGUUAACAAUGAUGAAAUUGAUUGGAAUCGACUCAUCUACAUUCGUGAACAACAACAACAAAAUUGUGAGUAUUUAAAACUGAAGUGA